AUGUCCAUCGGCGAAAUCGAAUUUCCGGAGGUGUACGAGAAUGGAAAGCCGAAAAUCGGCGGUCUCAUGGACCCACGACAGGGUGUAGUGGAUCGCCGGGGACGUUGUAUGACUUGCGCCGGCAGUCUCUCUGAUUGUCCGGGGCAUUUUGCUCAUAUUGAACUGGCGAAACCAGUUUUUCACAUUGGGUUUUUGACCAAAUCGUUGAAGAUAUUGCGUUGUGUUUGUUUCUACUGUAGUCGUUUGAUGGUUGACAAAGAUAGUCCACGUGUGAAGGAGCUCCUUCGGAAAACAGCCGGAAAUCCACGGCGUCGAUUGACGGUCAUUUACGAUAUCUGCAAAUCGAAGACCGUUUGUGAAGGUGGUGAUGAGCUGCAUACAGUUGGAGGAGAGGAUGGUGAAGAUGGCGAGAAAGAGGUUAAAGCUGGAGGAUGUGGCCGAUAUCAGCCAUCAUACAAGCGUGUCGGCAUUGAAAUUAUGGCCGAAUGGAAGAAGCACAUCAACGAAGACACACAGGAAAGAAAAAUUGUCCUGUCGGCGGAACGUGCACUGGAAAUUUUCAAGUCAAUUUCGGAUUCCGAUUGCCUCAUACUUGGUCUGGAUCCUCGAUUUGCACGCCCGGAUUGGAUGAUUACGCAGGUGAUACCAGUUCCACCACUGUCUGUCCGACCGGCCGUUAUAACAUUUGGUUCGGCGCGUAAUCAGGAUGAUUUAACGCACAAACUUGCCGAUAUUGUUAAAAGCAAUAAUCAGUUAAAAAGAAAUGAGGCAAAUGGUGCAGCUGCACACGUGCUUGCCGAAGAUGUCAAACUGUUGCAGUAUCACGUGGCAACGCUAGUCGACAAUUCCAUUCCAGGCCUUCCCGCUGCAACACAAAAAGGCGGACGUCCUUUGAAAUCCAUCAAACAGCGCCUGAAGGGGAAGGAAGGCCGAAUUCGUGGAAAUUUGAUGGGUAAACGAGUGGAUUUCUCAGCUCGAACAGUUAUUACACCGGAUCCAAAUUUACCCAUAGAUACAGUUGGCGUACCGCGUACAAUCGCCCAAAAUAUGACAUUCCCGGAGAUUGUAACGCCAUUCAAUAUUGAUAAGCUGCAAGAACUGGUGAAUCGCGGCGACAGUCAGUAUCCGGGAGCAAAAUAUAUUAUCCGCGAAAAUGGUGCCCGAGUGGAUUUGCGUUAUCAUCCCAGAGCAGCGGAUCUUCAUUUACAGCCCGGAUACAGGUAA